CCCUCCCUGCAGCACACAGACAAAGAGACCCUGAACUGGAUGCGGGACUUUGAGGCCAGAUUUAACAAGAUUUGCAGUGACUUCUGGACCCACAUGACCAGCAGCACCAAGAUCAGCAUCUCAUAUACCCAAGACCGUUGUGGACAGCAGAGGCCAGCCACAGCAUCACAGCCCCAGCCCCACACACCUAGAGGCAAAGCCACAAGACCCACUGGGAACCCUAACACAAAG